CGCGAAUGCCAGCUGUCGAUCUCUCGCUGCCAGCCCGACCAAGAAGAAGGGGCCAUGCCGUCUCCUUCGCUCAUACUGAGCGUUGCUCUGGCGGCCAGCUUUGUGCCGCUGUCCAACCUCAGCCGCUCCCAUUCGCACAGAGCGAAGCAAAGUCAGGAGGCACCGCACCCGUUCGCCGACGCCCUGGCCAAUCUGUCGAAAUUGAUGGACGCCAGACUACGGGAGGAUAAAAUCGUUCCGGAAGUAAUCUCUGACGUGCCGCCGCUUCCGGUGGCCGUGUUCUACCCGUACGCCACGGUGCUGAUGGGAAAUCACAUCGAGCCUUCCGCGCUCAGACACGUGCCCAAGUUCGCCUUCGAGACCAAGCCGGGCAGACGCUACUCGGUCCUCCUCCUCGGGCCGGACUACCCGACGCGCAGCGCCCCCUACGAGCGGAACCACGUGCUGUGGUUCGUGACCAACUACGCGCGCGACGCCACCCACGAGCAACGGCCCGUCUGCCGCGUCUCGUACGAGCAGCCGCGACCGCCGAGCGACAGCGGCCGGGCGCGGUUCGUGUUCCUGGUGUACGAACAGCCGGCCAAUGAGGACUGGUCCGCGAAGCUCAUGGACGCGCCGUCUCCCAGGGUGAACUUCAUGCUGGACCCGUACGUGUCCAAGAACCGCCUGACCCUCUUGGCGGCCAACUACUUCGUCAUCGAUCGCACGGACAAACAAGAGAGCGAGCCGACCGAUCCGUCUGCGGAGGAUUUUUCUGGCCGGGUCACCGAUGAUGACAAAGGGUCGGACGCUGCCGAAGGGAAGGGACGCCAUGUCGACAAGACGAGCGAGACCGGUAAAAAGAAGGACAGCGGUAGCGGUACGAAUAACAGUGGUGAGGAAAUUAGUAGUGCCAGACAAAGGCACGCCAGUGAAGGGAAGAGUAACACCGAUGGAAAUAUGGCGAGCAGUGGUGAAAAGCAGGUCAGUAUGGACAAGCUCAAGAGUAAUCGAAAGAGCAUUAGCGAUAGUGAGAAACGUCACAGUGAAGGGAAUAUCAAUGCUGGUGAAACUGUCACUAGCAACAGCGAAAACCAUGCCAUCGUUGACAAGACCAGCAGUUCGGAGAAGAGAGCUAGCGGUGGUCUACGUCGGGACAACACGGGGAUGACUAGCAGUGAAGACGAAAACACUAGCGCUAUUGAAAAGAAGGCCGGCGUAGAGAAGAACAGCGAUGAAAAGAAGAACGCUGAAGAGGCCACUGCUCAUGGGAAGACGGGAGACGGCAAAGCGCAGACUGGUAUCAAUGAAGGGGCAGUCGAUACUGCCGUAAGGCUGGCCGAUGUUGUCGACAAACAGGGUCGCACUGGUGAAAGAGACUCUGGCAGUGUAAGAAAGUUUGUCGAGACUGGUAAAGUGAAGCCUACUGGUACUAGCAGAAAGGAGACCAGAGAGCGUCGUUAAGUGGAAAGCUUUUAUCUCGGAGGAGCAAGAUGCCCAGAAAGCAAGCCGAUACCGGUGUGCAGAACGAUAUGAGGAGCAGAUGAAGGCAUCUUUGUUUUCUUUCUUUGUUUUCUUAUCUCUCCCCAUUUUUCCAUAUUUGGCUUUUUUUUUAAUGUGCGGAAAUUGACUUGAUAAGUUGGAAUUUUAUUUUAUUUCUUUGCUCCAGGAGAUUGCAUUCAUGAGACAGUGCUCGGUGAUUUGAAAGCGCUCUUCGGGUACUCUGCGGGUAAAAAUGCACUCCUGACCUUCGCUCUACGAUACGCGUCUCAAUAAAGCACCUUCUUGUA